AUGUCUCUUUUCGGACCACCACUUCCACACGAGGAUGACACCGCGACAUCACUCAUUCGCCGUGAGGGAUACCCACCAAUCGGUUCCUAUGAUCAAAUGCCACAGGUGUACGAAUGUCCCUGUUGCAGUGCCAUAAGCCCCACACAAGAACGUGAUCAUCUUCUUCGUACAGCAAAAGAAGAGAAGGAACUUGAACGCCGCCGGCUAAUGCAAUUGGAUAUCUUUGAAGAGCGUGCAAAGCCUAUUAGCAGUGGCAUUUCCAAACCACGCACCAUGGAUAUCCACCGCGAACCUGAAGAUGGUUUACUUGAUCAACCGUCAGUGCCACCUCCGCCGAAGACUCUUGAUGAACUACGAAAGAUGCAGCGUGAGGCGAACAGAACAAGGCUUAUUGUUACUGUACACCAAGGUAAGGGUAUCAAUGUUGACCCACGUGACCCUGUUUCUGUAAUUGUGCGUUGCGGUGCAUUUGAGGGACAAACAGCGAAGGUGCCUCGUGGUAAAGGUGCGACAUGCACAUGGGAGGAACUCUUUGAAUUCCCAUACCCUAAUGAUGAAGAACCACUGGAGGUUCUCGUUAUUGAUGACGCCCUUCCAACUUCACAAGAUCACGUUUUUGGUGGUAUUGUGGUGCCACCAUAUGCUCUGCGUAAUCGUACCCAUGGUGAUGAAGAAAUGCUCCCAGUAUGUCCGGAGGGUGAGAUGCACUGCAGCUAUGGCCGCAUGAAGGAGACACCAAUGGGUGCUGUGAUCGUUUCUUGGUAUGUGAAACAAGAUGGACAAGAAGUGGAUGAAGACGUUGAAGGAAAGAAGAAUCUUGAGGGUCCUGUUGAUUGCGUCUUUGUUGUGCAUCGCAUAUUUCAGUACACUGACAAUGGUACAGUUCCAUUUAAUGGUGGUGUCCUUUGCGUUUUGCGUGAUAGCGAAGAUAACUGCUCUGAAUCUGCACUUUACGUUCCAAGUGGUUCAGGAGCCAUGUCUACUUCGCCGUACUACACCAAGGAGGGAUAUAACUACCUACCUGAUUCUCCUGCACAGAUGAUGCAGCUUAUUACUAUAAAAAAACUUGGUCAUAUCCUCGUGUGCGUCCCAAAGAAUGAAGAAGUAAGCGAGGAAGACGAGGAAUUGGUUGUUGUUGGUGCUGUACCUCUUGAUUUUGAAAAAUUAUACCACAAAGGGUCUGCUGUAUUGCUUGUGGAAUCUAAGGUAAAGGAAGACGUUUUGUGGGGUGAAAUUACACUUGAAUGGCAACUUACUCCCCAUGCGGAAGUGCAGAAGUUCCUGGAGGAAUCACGACAAGCUGCUAUUGCUGCUGCUGAUCUUGAGGCAGUUAAACGUGCCGCUGGGGAAAGGACAGGUCCAAGUGAAUCGCUUUUCGUUACAGUUGUUCACGGCCUUUACCUGAGGCACCGCGAUGGAGAACCGCUAAGAGAAGCACAGGCUUGUGUCUUUGCUGGAGACAUGGAAGGCUUGACAUAUGUUGCCCCUAACGUGCUUGAUGAAGAGACUGGUGACCAUAUUGUUACAUGGAAUCAAGAAGUACGUUUCAUCGAAAUAGAUGGUGGACAGUCCGUCAUUGAUGUACAUGUUCUGCACGAAAAGCAAACCAUAAGCAGUGGUCGUUUUGAACUGGUUGAGGAUAAUGGUCACGUUGUUGUGAAGGUGUACGAUCCAUAUGAUGAGACUUGCGAACAGGGUGAAAUAGUCAUUUCAUACACCCGUGUACGUUCCACUGAAGAUGUGGCUCCCGAUAACAAUGGUGAUGAUGACGGAGACUGUAGCCACAGUGGCGAACACAAGGACGAAGACGACCAGGAGAAUGGUCACGGUAAUGGAUAUACUAAUGGAGACAGGGAUAUGUUGGAAAGUGAUAAUGGUGAUCAUCCUGGUCAGAGGCAUGCAUCGGAAGAACAAUAUGGUGAUGAACUUUCAUCUGAUAAGCACGCAACAGAGGAGCAGCAACGCUCUGGUGAUGAUGAAUCAUUCAAGGGACGUGGUUCUGAUGGUGUUGCCCGUGGAAAAGAUGGAUCAGAGGAGAAGUAUGGUGAUGAACUUUCAUCUGAUAAGCACGCAACAGAGGAGCAGCAACGCUCUGGUGAUGAUGAAUCAUUCAAGGGACGUGGUUCUGAUGGU